UCUUGCCUGCGGCUGGGGAGGGCCGGACCCGCUAACCCAGCAGUAGAGGAGCAUCUCGCGCAACCCCGGCCCCCCGGUGGCCGCCCAGCUGCCAGCGCCAUGCCCACAUCUGUGCUGUGGGCCGUGGACCUCUUCGGCAGGGUCUACACCCUGUCCACGGCGGGCCAGUACUGGGAGCUGUGCAAGGACGCCCAGCUGGAGUUCAAGCGGGUCAGUGCGGCCACGCAGUGCUGCUGGGGCAUCGCCUGCGACAACCAGGUCUACCUGUACAUGUGUGCCAGCGACGUUUCCAUCCGCUGCCGGGAGGAGGCCUACGAGAACCAGCGCUGGAACCCCAUGGGCGGCUUCUGCGAGAAGCUCCUGCCGAGUGACCGCUGGCCGUGGAGCGACGUGAGUGGACUCCAGCACCGGCCACUGGAUGGGGUGGCGCUGCCGUCGCCACACUGGGAGUGGGAGUCGGACUGGUAUGUGGAUGAGAAUUUUGGAGGUGAACCCACCGAGAAAGGGGGGUGGACCUAUGCCAUCGACUUCCCCGCCACCUACACGAGAGACAAGAAGUGGAACUCGUGUGUGCGGCGGCGGAAGUGGAUCCGAUACAGGAGAUACAAGUCCCGGGAUGCCUGGGCCAAGAUCCCCUCGAAGGAUGACCUUAAGGAUCUGCCCGAUCCCUUCAGUGACCUCUCCGUGGGUGGGUGGGAGAUCACAGAGGAGCCUGUGGGCCGCCUGUCGGUGUGGGCUGUGUCUCUGCAGGGAAAGGUGUGGUACAGGGAGGAUGUCAGCCACCCCAACCCGGAAGGGUCAUCAUGGUCUCUGGUGGACACCCCCGGGGAAGCUGUCCAGAUCAGCUGUGGGCCCCACGACCUCCUGUGGGUCACCCUCUGGGAGGGGCAAGCCUUGGUCCGGGAAGGGAUCAACAGGAAUAACCCCAAAGGCAGUUCGUGGUCCGUGGUGGAGCCUCCCGGGUCUGAGAAUGGGAUCAUGCACGUCUCCGCUGGAGUGAGCGUGGUCUGGGCUGUCACCAAGGACCGGAAAGUGUGGUUCCGAAGAGGCGUCAACUCACACAAUCCCUGCGGCACCAGCUGGAUCGAGAUGGUUGGGGAGAUGACGAUGGUGAACGUGGGGCUCAACGACCAGGUCUGGGGCAUCAGCUCUGAGGAGCGAGCUGUGUACUUCCGGCAGGGUGUGACCCCCAGCGAGCUGAGUGGAAAAACGUGGAAGGCCAUCGUCGCAGGCCGAGAGAGCGACCGGUCGCACUCUGGCAGCUCCUCGAGCCUCCUCAGCGCUGGCUGCUUCUUUGGCGACGAGGUGAAGGGCGGCAGCGAGUCUGCGCCCAGUGACACUGACGCCGCCUCCGAAUCGGAGAGACCCGGGCCUGAGCGGUCUGCCCCUGAAGAGCCUUUGGACAAUUCCAGGGACCCCAAGGGCAGCUCAGCUGUAGGCCCGGAGACUGGAGGGACUGCAGAGUGUGCCUCCGAGACCUUCUGUCCGGAUGCGGGAGGAAGGGAGGCCGCUCAGGCCUCUGUGGGCAGCGAGCGCCCCCUCCCGGCCUCCACCGCAGCUGAGCUGCCCUGGACCAACAUUGACCUGAAGGAGCCCAGGAAGGCGCCCAGCCACUCUGCUACAGGCUUUGCCGAGACCAUGGGCCUCUCCUCCCUAGGGCUCUUCCCCCUGGGCCUGGACGAGCCCUACGCGGCCGACGACCACCCGCUGUGGGCCUGGGUGUCUGGGGGCGGCUGCGCAGUGGAGGCCGGCUCUGUGCUCAAGUGGUUCUCUGUCCAGUCGGGCCUGUCUCCCUCAGUGCAGACCCUGUCCCUGUCCAUCUCGCCGGCCCAGACUGCCGCCUGGAGGAAGCAGAUCUUCCAGCAGCUCACAGAGAGGACCAAGCGGGAGCUGGAGAACUUCAGGCACUACGAGCAGGCCGUGGAGCAGUCUGUGUGGGUGAAGACAGGAAGCCUGCAGUGGUGGUGCGACUGGAAGCCCCACAAGUGGGUGGACGUCCGCGUAGCCCUGGAGCAGUUCACAGGCCACGACGGGGCCAGAGACAGCAUCCUGUUCAUCUACUACGUAGUUCAUGAGGAGAAGAAGUACUUCCACGUCUUCCUCAACGAGGUGACAGCGCUGGUCCCAGUGCUUAAUGAGGCCAAGCACUCCUUUGCCCUGUACACCCCAGAGAGGACUCGGCAGAGGUGGCCUGUGCGCCUGGCUGCUACCACUGAGCAGGACAUGAACGACUGGCUCGCCCUGCUCAGCCUGAGCUGCUGUGAGAGCCGGAAGAUCCGUGGCCGCCCAUCCCCGCAGUCCAUCUGGUCUGUCACCUGCAAGGGGGACAUCUUCGUGAGUGAGCCCAGCCCGGACCUGGAGGCCCAGGACCACCUGCUGCCCUGUGACCAGAUGUUCUGGCGGCAAAUGGGAGGUCACCUGCGGGUGGUGGAGGCCAACAGCCGCGGUGUAGUGUGGGGCAUCGGCUACGACCACACGGCCUGGGUGUACACGGGCGGCUACGGUGGAGGCUGCGUCCAAGGCCUUGCCAGCAGUACCAGCAACAUCUACACACAGUCAGACGUGAAGAGCAUCUGCAUCUAUGAGAACCAGCGCUGGAACCCCGUCACAGGCUACACCAGCAGAGGCCUACCCACUGACCGGUACAUGUGGAGUGACGCCACAGGACUGCAGGAGUGCACGAAGGCCAGCACCAAGCCCCCAUCCCUACAGUGGACCUGGGUUUCAGACUGGUAUGUGGACUUCAGCGUUCCUGGUGGCACAGACCAGGAGGGGUGGCAGUAUGCCAGUGACUUCCCUGCCUCAUACCACGGGUACAAAACCAUGAAGGAUUUUGUCAGGAGGAGGUGCUGGGCCAGAAAAUGCAAGCUGGUGACAAAUGGACCCUGGCUGGAGGUGGCCCCCAUCGCCCUUGGGGACGUGUCCAUCAUCCCGGAGAGCCCAGAGGGCCCAGACAGUGAUGACCGCGGUCACAACAUCGCACUGUGGGCCGUGAGUGACAAAGGCGAUGUACUCUGCCGUCUGGGUGUGUCUGAGCUGAACCCAGUGGGCUCCUCCUGGCUGCACAUCGGCACCGACCAGCCGUUUGCUUCAGUCUCCAUCGGGGCCUGCUACCAGGUGUGGGCUGUGGCCAGGGACGGCUCCGCAUUCUACCGGGGCUCUGUGUCCCCUUCCCAGCCAGCUGGUGACUGCUGGUACCAUAUCCCGUCACCCCCCAAGCAGAGGCUGAUGCAGGUGUCUGUGGGGCAGACGUCUGUGUACGCCCUGGAUGAAAAUGGGAACCUGUGGUACCGAGGGGGAGUCACGCCCAGCUACCCCCAGGGCUCCAGCUGGGAGCACGUGUCCAACAAUGUGCGCAGAGUGUCCGUGGGGCCGCUGGACCAGGUCUGGGUCAUCGCCAACAAAGUCCAGGGGACCCAUGGCCUGAGCCGGGGGACCGUGUGUCGUCGCACUGGUGUGCAGCCCCGAGAGCCCAAGGGGCAGGGGUGGGACUACGGCAUCGGGGGAGGCUGGGACCACAUUUCUGUCCGAGCCAACGCCACCAGGGCCUCCCGGAGUAUGUCCCAGGAGCAGAAGGCCCAUGGCCCUGUCAGCUGCUGAGGCUGCCUGUCGCCCAUGGGCGGGGGUGGCGCCAGGCUUGAAGGGUCCAGGCUGAGCAUCUGUGCUGAAAUGUACACCGUGGAGGGUGUCACAAAGGUCGACUCAGGGGAAGUCUGGUCUGGGUUGUGGCCAACUUCAGAAGCACUGGCUGAAAUGCCCAGAAAUGUGAAGCUCUGUGGACGCGGCCACCCACAUCCCCAGUCUUCGAGAAGUGCCAGAGAGGGGUGGGGGACAAGGACCCUCAGCCACAGCCCAUCCCGCCUCUCACUUCCCACUCUGCCUCCUUCCUCCCUGAGCUGGAACCUGGAACCCCAAGGCCUCUAGCCCAGCCCUCCAAAUCACGUCUGGGCCCUGCCCCACCAGGGGAACUGCCAUGAUGCCCAAGUCACUUGUCACGUGCUGAGACCAUUCCUCAGAGCGGGACUUGCGGUGGGGAAGGUUUUUCCACAUUCAGCAGAGUGGGCGGAUUAGAAAUGGAUGUACAAGUGGGUGGUUGUCUUCUUUCCGGGGCGGUUUGGGGCCCCCCAGAGUAGACUUGGAGGUGGAGAUGGUGUCUGUGUGCAGAAUUACCAUUAGGAGUUCUUGGUCACCUCCUUCCCCUGAUGCAGUGGGAUGGAGGCCUUCUGGUUGAUCCGAUACUGUGGAAGGAUGGCCGGGUGGAGGCUGGUGGCACCCUGGGCCCCGCAGGUGUUGGGUAGGGAGCAGGAAUGUGCCUGGGAGGCAAGGUGUGGACGGAGCCCCAAGUGUUCUGUGCCUGGGGCAGAACAGAAGGCACCUUUGCCCCAGGUGGGCUCCCUGCCCGGCCAGGCAAGAAGGAAGUGCUUGGCCAGUGGCCCAGCUCCCUCAGGCAGCCUUGCAGCUGCCUGUACUAGGUGACAUCUUCCUCUAGCCCAGCCCUCCAUCUGACACUUGGGCCAGAUGGCCAGAGCCAGGUCCUUCGUCUGCCAGGAUGAGCCAUUGGCCACUUGCUGACUUCCUAGGCUCCCUGGGACAUAAAGGGCAGCUCUGCAUUUGCCUCUGAGUCUGCACAGCUGUUAGAGUUUGUCGCCAGAAGCUGACUCUAAGCACUGUCCCCCUGGGUGCCCUCUUCCAUGGGCGUUUGAGGGGCCUGGGGUCUGUUGGCAAUGGGUGUAGAGUUGGGCUGGUCCCACCUGAGUGGAGCUGUCACACAGCCUCAAGGGUGGAUCCCUGCCUGUUUACAUGUCCCUGUCAGGUUCCGUAUAGGCAGUGUGGUUUGUGCCCUCACACCUGUGACCUGUGCGCUCUGCCGUUGUCUCGCUGUCUGCAGGUAGCUUCCAGUGAACCACCUGGAGGGUGUCCCUCUGCCCUUUCUCGGAGGUGACCUCUCCUGACCGUUUACCUGCUCAGCAUCACUGAGCUCUCUUGAUUCCUCAGAUGCUUUAUUCAAUAAAAACUUAAACCACAGUGUAAA